AUGUCUCUAGUAUCUACUCCAGCUGCCAUAGUUGAAUUUGACAUAUUUCCACAAGGUGGUUUCACUAGUUUGUCUGCUCUACCAACCGCACCUAAUCCCAGAGCCCAACCUCCACCUUUUGCACUUGCUCAACCUCACUUCAGGCCCGAACUCCCCAUCAAGCGCGCGGUCUCCCUUUCCAGGCUUGCAUCUCACUCCAGAACCAUGCCUCCUUUUAGGCCCAAGCAUCAUUUUCGGUCCCAGCCCCACACCAUGCCCCAAUCGUCUUCCAGUCUCUCACCUUUCUCCUGUCCAGCUAGCUACCUCCGUCUAGAGUGCAAACCCAUCUUCAUCAACACUUGCACAUGCCCUUCUUCCACCCUUUGCGGCAUCCCAACCAUCUCAUCCAAUGACUACAAGACUUCGUGCUGGAAUUCUCUAACCCAAAACUCAAACCGACGGAACUGUUCGGUAUCCCCUUCCUUAUGGCUUAAUUUCUGUUGUUGA